CAUUCCACGUUGUCUUCGAAAAUGAUAUCACAGAGUCGCAGAAAAAAGCUAACGUAUAUUGGAGAGUUCAGCCAGUUAUUGAUGCAGUAAGAAGAGCUUGUCUCAGUAUUCCAAGGAAGGAGCACGGCCGGUAUUCAAUUGACGAACAAAUGAUUCCAUUUACCGGUCGUUGUCCAGCGAGACAAAGCCUGCCAAACAAACCAAGGGGUAUCGGUCUGAAAAAUGAAGUGCUCACAACAUCAGAAGGGAUGGUGCUGGAUUUCGAAAUAUAUCAAGGCAAAACCACGCCACUUACAGAAGAAGACCUUGGAGUCGGACCAGCAUUUGUUUUGCGACUUGUACAAACACUUCCUAAAGGUUCCAAAGUGUUUUUUGACAGAUAUUUCACAACCCUACCCCUUUUAGAUCGACUUUUGGCAAAGGGAAUAUUCGGCACUGGAACGAUUAUGAAAAAUAGAGUAAAAUGUAUCACUAUGACUGAGGAAAGAAAAAUGAAAAGAGGAGAUAUGGAGGAAUUCUGUAGUCCUGAUGAUAAACAUGUUAUCGUACAAUGGAAGGAUUCUAAAUCUGUAUUAUUAGCGUCUUCUGCAUUUGGAUGUGGUCCAGUUACGGAUGUUAAAAGAUGGUGCAAAAAAGAAAAGAAAUUUAUGCAAUUUGCAUGCCCAAGCGUUGUCAGAGAGUAUAAUAAAUCGAUGGGUGGUGUCGAUAUUUGCGAUCAACUAAUGGAAGCAUAUCGUACUUUUUUUAAAACGAGAAAAUGGCCACUAAAAGUAACCAUUCACUUUAUUGAUUUGGCUUGUUGUAACGCAUGGAUGGAGUACCGCGAAGACUGUCGUAAAGCUCAAACUCCUUUGAAAGAUACACUUGACCUGUUAGCUUUUCGGCUUUCUGUAGCCGAAGCACUCGUUUGCAUCGAAAAAAAAAAAAACGUUGAAUGGUUCUCUGGAUCGGAUACGGAUGAGGAAGAAGUUUUGCCGCCAAAGAGACGCCGUCCUGCAGAGCAUCCUUGUAACGAAAAGCGUCAAGAUGGAUUGCAUCAUUGGCCAGCUGAAGAGGACAUAAAAUCCGCAAAAAUGUGUCGGCGUAAAGGUUGCUCAUCGCGUACACGCACGAGAUGUGAAAAAUGUAAUGUUUUCUUAUGUUUAUCCAAGAAUAAAAAUUGUUUCAAAGAAUAUCAUACUGACAAAUAA